CUCCGUAUUACAUGCAUGCAUGCGUGCAUUGACUUGAUUCGUCUCCUUGCUCUUCACAUUCCAUUCCUAUAUACCAUAAGAUUUCACCUCUUGACGCGUUUAUGAGUUUUACUUUGAUACCCAUUCCGAGUUGCAACAAUCGAAUUGGGCCAAAAGAAGGCUCUAAACCACAUAUACAUAAAAUAUACGCACUUAUACACGUGCCUCCAUAUACGCAACCACACACAACAUAUAUAAACACACACACACUCAAGCAACAAACAACAUGGACUCUCUCCCCUUCGAGCUCGUCUCCCAAAUCCUCACCCACCUCCCCCCCACAGACUACAAAUCCGCCCGCCUCACCUGCCACGCCUUCAACGACGCCCUCGCAAAAUCCGCCUUCACCACCCUCGCCACCUUCAUCGACCCAACCACCGCCAAAUCCACCAUCGAGCGCAUCGCCUCAGACCUCACCCGCCGCCCCAAGGCAAUCUGGUCCCCGGGCUGCUCCGUCCCCAAGGACCUCCCCGUCGCGGAGAGCUUCCUCUUCGCCAUGCACAGGGCGCUGCGCGGAACUGCCUGCCCGUCUACUUCGCCCUGCUCGUCGAGGGCGUCGUCCGUGAACGGGGCGUGGAGCGACGGAGAGGAUUCAGAGGACAGCGAAGGAGGAGUGGAGGAAUUGGCGGCGUGGAAUUUCGGACGCACGAUCGGCAUGGAUGACUUGACGGAGGAUUUGCUUCGCCAGGCCAUGUUUCGGUAUGCGCUGUAUCUGAGCUACGUUUACACGGGCAAGGGCGAGGCGCCGCAGCUGUGGGUUAUGAACUCGAAGAAGUGGGGACAGCAUCGAUGAUGAUUUUCUUGCUGUUGCUUUCCUUUUCCCUUUUUCUUUUUGUUCUGGCAGCAUAUAAUCUCUUUUCCACAUACUUUUGAUAUCCAAAUUUUGUCUCCAGCUUUAGCCUGACAGCAUAUCUUAGCUACAGCGUAAAGGGCGUUAAUGUCAUUUCUAUAUAAUACAUCACUCAAUUUCUA